CCGCUGUGAAAAGAUUAACAUUCAAAGUUAUGAGAUCGAAUCAGGCUGAAUGCCUUCUGCAUAAUGAUGAUGAUGAUGAUGAUGAUGAUAAUUUGGUUCUGAAAAUUUGUUGUCUGGAAUGAAAUAAAAACUGUUUGCCAUAUGUGCAGUACUUCGAUUUUUAUCGUAAGUUUGAUGUUACGUGACAGUUUUUCUUAGAAGAAGAUGCUUAUUUAUAGAUUUUCAUUCAUGGUAUCAUAAGUGAUGAUUGUACAUGCAUUUAUAGUAUAUGUUCAUAUUUUGCUUGUUAUGUUUAGCUCGCUGCUUCUUCACAUUCGAAUCCACAGAAACGACCGAAUUCGGACGAUUCAUCUAACCGUACGUACCAGUGAUUCACUUGUUAUUUUGCAUAUUAUGCGUAAAUGUUAUGGGAGAAGUGAAAUGAUGCGUUAAACAGUCACACUUUCAUAUUAGGAAGUUAUUGCGUUGAGACGUUCCGUUUUUGAUCGGUGUAAUACGCGUUUAUACGUGUAUCCAACCAAAAGGGUCAAUAUCACUGGCAACACAAUGGACAUGGGCGGAAGCAUGCAAAUUUCAACACUUGGAGGUCCAGGCCAUGUUGGAGCAGGAGGUAUGCCGCCAGUCGGAAGUGUCGGAGAAGUUGUUAUGGAAACAAUGGAGGUUCCCGACCACUGUGUUGGCCUUGUGAUUGGCCGUGGUGGUGAGCAAAUAUCGCAGAUUCAGUCACAAACCAACUGUCGCGUACAAAUGUCACCGGAAUCAGAUGGGAAUAACAUGCGUCAAUGCACUUUGCAAGGCAGUAAAAUGUCUGUAGAUCGCGCAAGGGCGAUGAUAAAUGAGGUAAUAGCUCGAGCGGGUAAUCGUCCUCCGCCAAACCGUACAGGCCAUUUUGACGGUGGUAUACCCGUUGGUACUGGGCGUCAGAUAACGCAAGAAAUGUUUAUUCCUGGUGCAAAAUGCGGCCUUGUUAUUGGAAAAGGAGGAGAAACAAUAAAAAAUAUUCAGGAACAAACUGGUGUCAAGAUGGUCAUGAUACAAGAGAAUCAAGAAAGUGGAGGACAACCGAAACCUUUGCGUAUUACUGGUGAUCCUGAAAAAGUCGAGAAUGCUCGAAGAAUGGUUGAAGAAAUUUUACAGUCACGUGAGGAUCAUCCACCUGGACAUUUCGGUUUCCCUGGAUCAUUCGGAAUAGGGGGAGGACAGCGUUCUAUUGGCGAAGUAAUUGUUCCGCGUGCUUCUGUUGGUAUGAUCAUUGGGAAAGGUGGGGAGACGAUCAAACGCCUUGCUGCUGAAUCAGGAGCUAAAAUCCAGUUUAAACCUGAUGAUGAUCAGACAACGCAGGAGCGGUGCGCUGUCAUACAGGGCACUGCCGAACAAAUUGCAAAAGCGACUCAGUUCAUUUCUGAACUCGUCAAAAAGAGUGGCGCGGCAGGUGGUGCGGAAAUGUUCUACAUGCACGUUCCAUCGAACAAAACAGGAUUGGUGAUUGGUAAAGGAGGAGAAACAAUUAAACAGAUAUGCGCGGAAAGUGGCGCACAUGUUGAAUUAUCGCGAGAUCCACCGCCGAAUGCAUCCGAGAAAGUUUUCAUCAUAAAGGGAACUCCUUAUCAGAUCCAUCAUGCACAACACAUUAUCCGUAUCAAGGUUGGUGACAUUGCUCCAGGAACGCCAGUACCACAAUUUCAUGGACAAGGGGGUCCAGGGGCGGGUGGUGAUGCAUUUGGAGUUGGACAUAACACUGUACCAAGUGCUCCUCAAGGAUACGGUAAUGGUAAUUCACAAUUUGCUGGUGCUGGUAUUGCGGGGCAAGCAGGAGCGCAGUGGAACACCACUUUUGGUCAUCAGCAAAGUGAUCCCGGACAAGCUGCUUGGAAUCAGCAAUAUUACGGACAACAAGGACAACAACAACCUGGUUAUCAGCAGGGAGCCUAUGCGACCCAGUAUCAGCAACCAGCACAGCCGCAACCGCAGCCAGCCCAGACAAGUGCAGCUCCAGCAGUGAAUCCGCAAACAGGUCAGCCUGAUUAUAGUGCACAGUGGGCAGAGUAUUAUCGUAGUAUGGGUAUGCACGAACAGGCGGCCGUUAUUGAAAAUCAGUUGAAGCAGAAUGCUGCUGCCGCUGCUGCUGCUGCUGCUGCUGCUGCUGCUGCACAGCAACCAGCUGCACAAGCAAGACCUCAGCAACCGGGAUAUGGUGCUUACGGUGCUCAGCCAAUUACAGCGCAGAAUCAGUUCAGUUACGGAGCACCACAAGCACAACCCCAGGGAGGUUAUCAAUUCCAACAACAAUACUGAAGCAGUAAUGAUGAGAAUUGAAAGUUGGCGUGUUUUAUUAUUUUAUUAUCUCUGAUUCUUCAUUCUUUUCCUUAAAUCCAUCUUAUCUGACACAUUCAAGUAGGGACAGGUCGUCAGUUCUUCGAGAAGUACAACACAGUGUUUGCUGUUGGAUAAUACAUGAUUUUGAUGAAUAUAUGGUGUUCGCC